GUUCUGUUUGCAUUUUAUUUUGCCAAUCAUGUUGUCGAUUUUGUUCCUGCUGUGUGCGGCGGUGCUGGAGGGUGUUCGUGCUCAGGUGGAGGCUAAGCCGAAGAGUACUGUGAGGGUACAAAUCACACAAAGAAUCCAACUCACGAAGACGAUAUUUCCUUCUGGCGUCUCUGCAGGCGUGCAAGAUACAACAACUGCUACACCUGCGGUUGCAGGCGGCGUGCAAUUCACCGUCGGUGCUGGAAAUGAUGCCGUUCCAACAACCACGUCUGACGAGCCGAGGGUCAUACUUAUGGGAAGCAUUACCUUGACGGAGGGCGGCCCAGCUCAGACCAAUGCCGGUCAAGUGUACAGCAUCGAUGCAUGCACAAUUUACGCGGGCACCGCGAGGGACAAUAUCUGCGACAGCAACGGGCGUCCGACGACUGAGAGCUGGACGACAUCGAGUGCAUACCCAGGUAUCACCUCAGAUCCUGCAACGCCAACGACCACAUCAUGGACCUUCACAAUUGGCACUCAAGCGUAUACCAUGGUCAGGGAUCCAAAUGUACCCAUCGCAACCAUUGGAACAGCGGUAGUGUCCUUAGAAGGGCCGAGGGUGAGCCUGAAAGGCGGCCACGCACUGAUGGCAAGCGACGGGUUGGUCCACGUCUGGGUAGCGAAUUGGACGACAUCGAGCACGACCAGAACAACGACAAGCACGCUGCGGACGAGGUUGCCGUGGACGAGGAGCAGUACAACCGCGGCAUCAACGGACGAUGCCCUGGUCUCAGCCACGCAAUCUGCCAGUAGUGAUGAAUCAGCUGCCUCCUCAGUUCGAAAUCACACUGCGGUUACUGUAUUGGGUUGGACAGUGGUAGCUUUGAUUGCCAGCCUUCUGCUUCGCACGUGAUGGAGGCUGCGGUCAUGCCCGAACUCUAUGUCGAGCUUCACGUCUGACAUAGAGUUGCAGACCCCGUGCUGAUGUGUGGGGUGUAAUGUAUCUUGCUCGGUGGCGGUCGCAGCAUAAUUGCUUCAUGCAAAGUCAGUACCCAAUCAUUGGAGCAAAAGGCUGCUUCUCUCAGAUAGAUCAAUUCAUGUACGUCGCUCAUGAACAAGCAAACUGGAGAAGCCUGUGGCGAUGGAGCUUGGCAGGAGACUUUCUCUAUGCCGUCUGGCAACGCCCACUUCUC